AUGGAAAAAUACCAUGGAUUAGAAAAAAUUGGAGAAGGUACAUAUGGUGUAGUUUACAAAGCACAAAAUAAUUACGGCGAAACAUUCGCGUUGAAGAAAAUAAGACUGGAAAAAGAGGACGAAGGCAUUCCGUCAACCGCGAUUAGAGAAAUUAGCAUUUUAAAAGAGUUAAAGCAUUCGAACAUAGUAAAGUUGUAUGAUGUCAUACACACAAAGAAAAGACUGAUACUGGUUUUUGAGCACCUCGACCAAGAUCUCAAAAAACUUCUAGACGUAUGCGAUGGAGGACUCGAGUCAGUAACGGCCAAAUCAUUUCUACUCCAGUUGCUCAGUGGAAUAGCCUACUGUCAUGAACACAGGGUGCUGCACCGCGACUUGAAGCCGCAGAAUUUGCUCAUAAAUCGGGAAGGAGAAUUAAAAAUCGCAGAUUUCGGACUCGCCAGGGCAUUUGGAAUCCCCGUGCGGAAAUACACUCAUGAAGUCGUCACUCUGUGGUAUAGAGCACCGGACAUUUUAAUGGGAUCGAAGAAAUAUUCCACUCCAAUUGACAUCUGGAGCGUGGGAUGCAUAUUCGCAGAAAUGGUGAAUGGGAGACCCCUCUUCCCAGGGGUGUCCGAAACAGAUCAGCUCAUGAGGAUAUUCAGAAUUUUGGGAACCCCUAAUUCGGCGAAUUGGCCGAGUGUUACUGAGCUCCCCAAAUACGACCCAGAUUUUAUAGUCUAUGAGCCCUUGCCCUGGGAAACAUUUUUAAAAGGAUUAGACGACACGGGGAUAGAUUUGCUUUCGAAAAUGCUGCGACUCGACCCAAAUCAGAGAAUCACCGCAAAAGAGGCCCUCCAGCAUGCGUACUUCAAGGAAAGCAGUUAA